GGCGCGUUAACGUUGUUGCGUUGCGAUGUCAUAUUACUGGUGAACUCCAGACCCCUCUUCUUCUGCACUUCGCCUUCUCGUCCUCCUGUGUCUUCUUCUGCACCGUCUCGAUGCAGUCGGGAUUCGUUGCUCGCGAGCAAAGACAACGCCACCCACCACGCGACACUCGCGAUGCGCGACUGGAUCCGGAUGGAAAGUCCGUCCGCGGACAGGAAGUUCGCGGGGGUCGUGCGCAGCAACAGUGUGGACGAUCCAGAUUCCAAUAAAUCGCCUUCCAAAUCGAAAUCGGCCUCUGCUCAUGACCCCAGCAAUUCCGUAGAUGCUGCGACAUUUGGCCAGGCGGACGCGCAGGCGCUCCAGCCACAGGGUGGAGAUACACCGCAACCGCAAUCGAUCUCGUACCGCGUCUACAAGCGGAGAUGGUUCGGACUCUUCCAGCUAGUGCUUCUUAACAUCAUAGUCAGCUGGGAUUGGCUCACUUUCGCGGCUUCGUCCGAAACAACAGCUACUUACUUCAAAACCAGCGAAAGCAAUGUCAAUUGGCUCAGCACUGGCUUCUUGUUUGCCUUCGCCGUGGUCAGCCCGUGAGUACAGAUGUCCGCAUGCGAACCUUAUUCGGCGCGAUUAACAAGCGUACGCUCAAGUGUAACUCUCUGGACCUUGCAUCUUGGUCCCAAGCCUUCCAUCAUCGCCUCCGCUGUCCUCAUUCUGGUCGGAAACUGGAUUCGUUAUGGCGGCACUCGAAGCAACAUCUUUGGCGUUGUCGUCUUCGGCCAGGUCAUUAUAGGCUUUGCCCAACCCUUCGUUCUCGCCGCUCCCACACGCUAUUCAGACCUGUGGUUUACAGACAGAGGCCGUGUUUCCGCAACGGCCAUCGCUUCCCUGGCAAAUCCGUUUGGUGGCGCCCUGGGCCAGCUCAUAGGACCUAUCUGGGCUGCAAAUCCUCCAGAUGUGCCGAAUCUAGUGCUGUAUGUUUCUAUCAUCUCAACAGUUGCAGCACUGCCGUCAUUCUUUGUCCCGGCAAAGCCACCAACUCCUCCAUCGGCUUCAUCUGCACUCGAAAAACCUCACGUUCUUGAAAGUUUGAAUUCCUUGUCCGGCAACCGGUCAUUCUGGCUUGUCUUUGUGGCAUUCAGCAUUUACGUUGGUUUCUUCAACGCCAUUUCUUCGCUGCUCAACCAAAUCCUGGAGCCAUACGGCCUAUCUCAGAACGAAGCCGGGAUUGCUGGUGCCAUAUUGAUUGUGGUUGGCCUGGUCGCAGCCGCAAUCUCUUCGCCGAUAAUAGAUCGAACAAAGAAGUAUCUACUAAUGAUCCGCCUUUGUGUGCCCCUGAUAGGACUUUCCUAUCUCGUUUUCAUCUGGGCUCCACCGACUGGCGGCCUACCAGCACCAUAUGUCAUUUUGGCUGUUCUUGGAGCCUCGUCAUUCGCGUUGGUACCUGUUGCCUUGGAAUACUUGGUCGAAGUAACAUGGCCUGCAUCGCCUGAGGUUACGUCCGUCGUCAGCUGGACUGGAGGGCAGAUCCUUGGCGGUAUAUUCAUAGUUAUCAUGAAUGCUUUGAAGGACAGCAGCGGAAGGCAUGGACCCAAGAACAAUAUGCAGCAGGCGCUCAUCUUUCAAGCCGUAAUCGCUAUGGUCACAAUCAUACCACCAAUGCUACUUGGAUUCAAAAGAUUUGGGACUGGGGGCAACACUGCAGGGAGAUUAAUGGCGGAUCGACGGAUGACACAAGCUGUUGAGCAGAUCGAAGGACAAACUAUGUCGGCAGAGUAACGGAUUACGUAUAUACGUAUGCAGAUUUGAAUGUCAAUAUUCCAAUGGUUACGAAGUUCAACAACAUGUACAUUACAGCUCAAGAUAUCUUUAUUCAUUAGUAUAUUGAGAUAGGCCCCAGGUUACAAGCAGC